UUCAUUUUUUCCACCUUUAACAUAUACAUCAUUUUCUUCCUUUCACAUUCCUAUUCAUCAAAACUUGGUUGCCAACCAUCUCUCUCUCUCUCAUGUACUUGUCACCAACCGACUAGUACAUUUCUUCAUCUAGCUCUCUUUCAAUGGAGAUCUAGUGCAUAAUCCAUUUGCUUUACUUUCUUUUCUCUUUUCUAUGGGAAAGCUAGAGUUUUGCUUAGAUAAGAUAAUAUUGGUUGGUCUUCAUAAACCCUAAACCUGUGAACUUGGUUCAUACAUGCAUGUACAUCAAGACUCAUCAAACCAUUCUCUUUGAUCUCUCCAUUCUACAUUCAUCUUGCUCUCUUCAACAUAUCCAAGGGUAGCCAUCUGCAGGGACAUCUAGCCACUCUUGUUCAACUUUCAUAACAUCAAGAUUUGGCCACUUACACACACACUCUCACCAAAGCCAAUGGAUUCUGCAAACAGUGGAAGCAUGCAGUCCUCCAGUGGUGGAGAUGAAGAGUAUGAUUCUUCCUCACACCCUCAUGAUCAUAAUUACCUCCUUAAUCCUCAAACAAACCCUCUAAACCACUUAACUCACACCAAUCCAUCCACUUUCUUAUACUCCAAUGACCCUUACAACAACAACAACAAUAUUCUCCCCACCUUUUCACACUCACCAUCUACUUCAACUCUCUACAAUACCACUAACAUUCAAGACUUUUGGUCUUCAAACCCUCAAAAUGACCAAACUACCCAACCACCAUACACACCCUCACAAUCUCUCAAUCUUGACCAUCCACUCUCAAAUUCUCUCCCACAACCUGAUCAUAAUCCUUCAAGUCAUGCAUCGAAGAAUCCGAAAAAGAGAACCAGAGCUUCCAGGAGAGCCCCCACCACAGUCCUCACCACAGACACCUCCAACUUCAGACAAAUGGUGCAAGAAUUCACUGGCAUUCCCGCAGCUCCCUUCUCCACCGCCACUUCAGCCUUCUCUCGCCGCCUCGACCUCUUCAGCGCCGCAAGAGCCACUACGCCAUAUAUGGCCUAUGGCAAUGGUGUAAACACGAGUGUUGCAAAAUUAUGUUGCAUUAGAGGCACUAAUUCAUACCUACCGCAACGAUAGCCAUUUAUGUCCAUUUGAUGUUGCAAUAGCCAAACAUAUGUGUUGCAUAGAGUAUUAGUAAAAUAAUUAUUUAUAAUUUGAUAAUAAUAUUCACAUAAAAUAUAAUUAUAAUAAAUUUAAAUGAUUAAUUGAUAAAAUAUAUUAUAUUAAACAUGAAAACACAAUUCUUUGUGAAAAAAGAUUAAUUUACAUAUAAUCGCUUUAAAAUAAUUAAAUAUAGUAAAAGUAGUAAAUUUGCAUAAGAAUAAAAUAAUAAUACUAAAAUUGAAUAAAUUUUAAAAGUAAAGUAUAUUAUUUAUAGAAUAUGUUAUUACUUGAUUUUAAAUAAAUAACACAAAUAAUUUAUUUUAAAUAAAUUACUAGAUAUAGUAAUUAACUGAUAUUUUUAUCGAUUAAAAAUUUUUCGAAUACAAUCUAUUACUCUAUUAUCUUUAAAAAAUAUAAAAAUAAAGUAAAAUUUUCAAUUUUCAUUAUGGUUUUAGGCGGGUUAAGUUUUUGGACAGGCGGACAUUUUUUUUUUUGAGAGGGCGGGUUAAUAUUUGAAGAAGUGAAAACACACUCUCAAAAAUUAAAAUGUCUACCUAUCCACUCUGGACAUUUCUCUUUGCCUCUCUUCUAGAUCUAGCCAGUUCUCUCUCUCUCUCAGAUUUCUUUCAACUGAGCUGUAGAUAAAAGUCAAUUGGCUUCAAUUGAGAGUUAAACUUUCACAGAUCAAUGGAAAUGGGGACUCCUUGAACCGAUUCGAGCUUCAAACAAAACUAGGGUUUCAUGUUUGAAUUGGGGGUGUUUGGUUUUUGGUUCUGUUUUUGUGAGACUCACUCUGUUUUGGUACUAAUUUUGUUUCAUCUCUUUGUUCCAGUGCUAAUUUGGGGUUGAAUAAGUUGGGACUUAGCUUAAGCUUCUACUUUAAGGGAAGUCUCUCUUCUUGGAAAUGUAAAGGUAGCCUGGACAUGUUCAGGUGCAAGUGUUUGUCGAGGUUCAUACAGAAUUAUCUCCAUACUGGCAUGGAAAUAUAUAUGGCAACUGCUUGAAAAAUUGCUAAAGAGUCGAUGGAAUUGAUUGAUGAUGAACGUGUGGAACUCAUGGAUAUUGCAGCCUCUUGGAAAAGGGUUGCCCUCAAUAUUAUCUCUUGAUAGUGAUGCUUUGCAAAACCUUGAGUUAUUCAAAGGAUUGGUGUAAAAGCAGCUAGAGGCUGCUGAAAUGAAGGUUAUGGUUGCUCCUUUGCUCCAAAGCGAAUCUGGUCAAUUUUCUAUUGCUGAUAUGGUUCUUCACACACUGCUGGACUGGCAGCCAGAAGUCUGGGAUCUACCACCGUUCGAAGACUAUGUGUGCCAAUUAAUCCACUUAUAGCAUAUAUAAGUGUAGAACGUACAUCUUUAUAAUUUUGUUCAAUUGACUGGUAGUGAGUAGCAGGAUGUACUUUGAUUUGGUAGUUACUUUGGUUUUUAGCAACUUAGAUUUGGUUGGAAUUUUGGGAUGUUUAAUAUUUAAAGAGUAUAUUUUUAAUUUCUUUCAGUAAAUAAUGUUGCCUUUGAUUAAUAAAAUGUUGCAGCUCAUAUAGUAAAA